AUGAAGAGGAUACGACCGGGGAGAUGGUCGGGCCAGUUGCUCAGCGCUGCCACCCGGCCAUCAUCAUGUGCUUUGCCUAUCGGUAGCCUCGCGACCGCCACAACGACCUCGACGUCUCAAACAUGCAGGCACCUGCAGCAAUUUCCUCAGGCUCGCCUACAGUCAACUUUUGACAGCCCCCAACAUAUCUUCGGAGAGAAUCCCGUCUUCCACAAAUACCCAUCACCGCUUCCCUCCCGAGCACGCGAUUCCGCCAAGCUUGCUGCCCUCCACGCACGUUUGGCUCUAUCCGAAAAGGUCCCCCUAGAAACUCUAGCCCGGACUCUUGUCGACCGCUCUGCCGACAAGGAUAUUCGUUUCAACAACUACAGCCUCUCGAGGCUCGGUGCCCAGCUCAUCGAGUACCAUGUGAACGAGUGGUUGAUGUGCCGGUAUCCCAGGCUUCCGUACAAUGUGCUUUUGGCCGUGCGGGACAGUUAUGCUGGCGAGUUAUCUUUGAACGAUAUCGCCAAGUCGUGGGGUGUCGAGUCGGCUGCCGAACCUGGUGGCGAGGUCGACCCGGGCCUUUUGCAGUUUUCUGUCUGGAACCCAAAGCCAAAGCUGGACGACCCUGACCACGACAGGAUCCAGGAGAUAUUAAAGAAAAACUUCAAGCUGCUGAUGAAGGGCGAGGUGGCUUCGGCCGACUCAAGCGAAGUCGGCCCCGCCAUGGACAUCGAUGACAGUGAACCACUACAACCCGCGACCAUCUCGCUGUCGCCCUCACGACACGUGGACAAAAUUUGUGUCGCCCGCGAUGCGCACUCGAACUUUGUGCGGGCUCUCGUAGGUGCUGUAUACGCUCACAGUGGGCGCGAGGCGGCCAAAUUGUUCAUCAACGCCCACAUCCUCUCACGCCACAUCGAUAUUGCAACCCUUUUCUCCUUCAAACGCCCAACCAGCGAACUCGCCCGCCUCUGUGCCCGUGAGGACUUUGCAGAGCCCACCGCACGCAUCCUCUCGGAGACGGGUCGUCACUCCCGCACUCCAGUCUUUGUUGUCGGCAUCUUCAGCGGCAAUGACAAGCUUGGCGAGGGCUCCGGCUCGAAACCCCAGACCGCUCGUGCAAACGCUGCCAUGAACGCACUCAAGGCCUGGUACCUCUACAGCCCCGGACCGGACGUCCGUGUGCCUAGCGACAUGCUGGUUGAGGGCGCCAAGCCAUGGACGCCAGCUUAUGUCGACAUUGGAGAGAUCAUUUGA